AUGGAACCAAACAAUCUUAUCGUUACAGUGAUUUCUGCUCGUGGAUUAUCACUUAAAGGUCACACUAAGUUGGAUGUCUUCGUAAAUCUUACUUUAAAUUCUACUGGAUCUUGGAAAAGUAAAGUACAGACAGAGAUAAAGAAGUCUACUGGGGAUUGCACUUGGGAUCAAGCUUGCGAGUUUUUUGUGAACGAUAUGGAUUCUGUAUUAACUAUUUUGGUGAACCACAAAACAGUUAUUGGUGCUGAAUGUAUAGGUGGUAUUGAAUUAAAACUACGCGAGUGCCGUUGUAAGACAAUGCCUAUCUGGUUUAAAUUGCGUAAAAAGGGGAAAUUUGACGAAGUAUCGGAGAAAUAUCGUGGUGAAUUGCUAUUGAAAUUUUAUUUUUGCAAUAAGCAACUUUCGUCUUCAGCGUUAUCUAUCAAUUCAAAUAGCAGUUAG